AGAAAUCCAGAUCUAGUAUGUAGGUCUAAUUUCACCGCAUGAAGUUUGAUCUUCACUGUAAGUGAUUCGAUUUCAAGUAAGGGAUUUUGCUAGAACCCAUUCUAGCCAAAUUCCACGGCACUUGUCCGAUUUCUCCUAAUCGGAUUCUCGAUUAAGCAAGUUUCGAAAUGAUUGGUAACUCGAUGAUUCAAGUCUCUGCACACCCUGCAGUGCUAUCUUCUCCUUCAUCAUUCAUUUCUAGCGCUAACAUCCAUGCCAAAUUCUCCCCUUAUUUGCCCCCAAAGCCGCACAAAAGGAUCUUGAGAACCAGAGCUGCUGCUUCUUCUUCUUCUUCUUCCUCCGCCGCCGCACAACAGCCGUCAGAUUCGAAGAACAACUCUAUAGCCAAUAUUUUCGAUGUACCUCGUGCCCUUUGGAGGAAAACCUUACGCCCUAUGCGCGAUUUUGGGUUUGGCAGAAGGAGCAUUUGGGAAGGUGGGGUUGGGUUGUUUCUUGUGUCUGGCACGGUUCUUCUAGCUCUAACUUUAGCUUGGCUCAAGGCUUUCCAGGUCAGGUCCAAAUUCAGGAAAUAUCUGGCCGUAUUCGAGUUUUCUCAGGCCAGUGGGAUCUGCACCGGCACACCGGUUCGUAUCCGAGGAGUUACCGUGGGCAAUGUUGUUCGUCUUACUCCUUCUUUGAAGAACGUCGAAGCUGUUGUCGAGGUUGAAGAUGAUAAAAUCAUUAUACCUAAGAAUUCGCUUGUUGAAGUGAACCAGUCAGGUUUAUUAAUGGAAACCCAAAUUGAUAUCACACCUAGAGACCCAAUUCCAUCUCCUUCGGUUGGACCCCUUGAUGCCAACUGUAUCAAAGAAAAUUUGAUUGUAUGCGACAGACAAAAGAUGAAGGGUUCUCAGGGUGUGAGUUUGGAUGAAUUGGUUGGGAUUUUCACUAGACUUGGUCGUGAAGUUGAGGAAAUAGGUAUUGCCAAUGCCUAUUCCCUGGCUUACCGUGUUGCAGCUGUUAUAGAAGAGGCAAGACCAUUGCUGACAAAGAUACAAGCCAUGGCUGAAGAUGUUGAACCAUUGUUAUCUGAGGUUCGCGAGAGUGGUCUGUUAAGGGAAGUUGAAGCCUUAACCAAAAGCCUUACACUGGCUUCGGAAGAUUUAAGAAGAGUAAACUCGUCAAUUAUGACCCCAGAUAACACCGAACUGAUUAGGAAGUCCAUAUAUACGCUAAUCUUCACUCUGAAAAAUGUCGAGAAUAUAAGCUCCGAUGUUUUGGGAUUCACUGGAGAUGAAGCCACUAGAAAGAACUUGAAACUGCUGAUUAAGUCUCUCAGCAGGCUGUUGUGAUAGGUUUGAUCCAGUUUUGAUUUAUGAAGUUGUGUUUUUAUUAGUUGUUCAUGAAAAAGAAAGAAUUUAUCCUUCUUCUUCUACUACUGCUGUUGUUAUAUUGUCACAGAUUUACUUGAUCAUCCUGCAAGUAUUAUGAACUGUUGAGGGGGAAAGGGAAUAUAUAUUUGAUUUUCUAUUUGACAUUUGAA